AUGGGGCGAAAUGUAAGGGCACUUGUGGGCCAUGCGUUGUGUACACGUUAGAGAGCUCCAGGUUGUCAACAUUAACCUGCAGUCCGUCUAUGCGGCAUGCCUUCUAAUCAGAUCGUGGUUGUCACUCUUAAAACCCCAUAACUGAAUGAAGAACCAAUCCUCAGGAGUUUUCAGACGCUCCACAAAAAUCCACAUCAGCCAUUCGAGGUCAACAGACUUCUUGAGGAAAAAGCUACCCCGUUGUAUCACGCUACAACUAGGUCCACCUACACCCGGGCAAGGUUAUUAAAGGCAGAAUGAUACGCCUCACAGCGUUGCGCCUUAUCAGGUAAAACCAAUGACGUCGAACCUUUCGUCUGGUUGUGCCCAGUGUUCGGCGCGACAUGGAAGGCGCUGCUUCAGGGCCUACAGAAGAAAGGACUUUCACAAGCCGCUUUCAAGACCUAGUGUUCCCUGAAGAGCCCGAGUAAUCAAGAAAGGAGUUCUACGCCUGUUGAUUGCCUGCCUCCGAGACACUGUGUUGACCGACGUUUAGCAGCACGCCAACGCUAAGAACGCAUCACAUGCUCAGGCGGCGCGAUUGCCGGCCGCACAUGCUAGGCUAAUUCCGCCCGAUUCAACACCACCUCCUUGUUGUUGUUCCUCUGCACAGAUGACACAUACCCGCCGUGGUGGAUCGGCCGAGAAUCGGGCGGUUUUGUGAAAAUGGAUGAAAAAAGAUCAGAGACAAAAAAAUAUAAGGGGAAGACAUAUUCGGCUCGGUGUUCCAAGUGCGACCGUCAUCAUGCUAAAGUGAAUCGAAAAAUACGUAAAUAAUUAUAAUUUACUGCUUUAGGAAGGCAGUCAAUUGGUGCCAAAUAUUCCGGCUUGUUGACGUUGACUUUUUCAACAUGGUGUAUGUCCAAGAGGGGAAUUCGCCACUCAAAUGAGAAAUUAAAUAAAGCAAACAAAUAAGGACAAAUAAAUACAAUGAAAAUAUUAAAAAGCAAGGUAAUAAAUAUAUUUGAGGAGAACAUAUAAUAAUGAAGCUUUAACCACUGCCAGUCAACUUGGAAAGAAGCAAUGGGAGCAUGACACAGGGACGUGUUUGAUGCCGUUUGCGGUUACAUAAAAUCAACAAAACGAAUAACUUUUUGAUUGUUCUCUGGUAAUGUAAUUUAUUAGUUUUUGUAGGUUUCCUUAUCUUUCUUUCUUAUUUUUUUUUCAUCGAUUAAGUAACACUUCGGAAGAAUAGGUAAUCGCUUCAGCACAAUUCUUGGCCAAUGCCCCAGUGUGGGUACGAGCCAUAAUAUGAGGCCAUCAUCAUCAUCAUCAUCAUCAUCAUCAUCAUCAUCAUCAUCAUGAUCCCGCGAGCCUCGUGCUCACCUUCACAGAAGAAGAAAACGCUACGGGGAGUGUGGCCGCGUUCUGCUUCGCAGGAACCUCUGGAGAAGCCCAGUCCCCGGUCGCGCCAUGGAGGAGAGCCCCUUCGCCGCCAGGGACUUCGUGGUGGAGAGCGUCCUCGACUACUUGGAGACCGAGGAGCUCUUCACGUGCGCCGAGGUGAACCGGCUGUGGCAGUCGAUUGCCCUGUCCCUGCUGCGCAGGAAGCUGGUCUCCGUGUCCGUCUGCUGCACGCCGGACUCGGAGCGGGCUGCCCUCGCCUCAGCCCUGGGCAGCUCGCACGUGUGCGUUGACAUCUUCUGCUCCAAGUUUUCGCGCUUCCGAAACAUCGCGCGCAUGGCAGGACUGCGACCGUCGCUGGUGUUCCUCUCCCACCACGUCGACCUCGGUGAGGACAAGCGAGGUGACGUCGGCGGCUGUCUUCAGCGUCAUGCCGAGCAGCCAGCUGGAGCCGCUCAUGUGCCGGCUGAGCGAGGAGUUCGGGUCCGCCGACGGCGCGAUCGCCGUGGUGUUCCCAGGACGAGGUGCUCGGCGAGCUGGAGGCGUUCGAGCGACACUUCCCCUCGGUGCCGGCGCUGGCGAACCAGGCCACGGAGUUCAACGUGGACGGCCAGUACGCGCCCAUGAGCAGGCUCAGGAUGAUCUUGCUGCCCAUCAAGCUGCUCCACUGAUCCCGGUAUCGCAAGCGAGACAGAGCUUGGUCACCAGGCCCUUCUCCACCCGCUGACCGCGUCAUCGGAACUGAAUUGUAUAUAAUACGUAAAUUAGAUAUUACCAUAAAGAGCGCAAUAUUUGUGCCA